AAAUUAAUUUGUCGAGGCAAUGUGAAUGCUCUAUUCCGUUAUCAUCAACGUCAUCCUCCGCAAUCUGUGGGUAACUCUGUUACUGAGAGGCUUUGCCAUUCUCUCUCUCUCUCUGUGUCAAACCAUUCGCAAUCUUCUGCUAGGAAAAAAAGUCCCAGUUUGUCUUGACAGUGCUGCGCUCUCCCUGAAAUGCUUCUCCAAACUCAAUCUCUAGCCACCCACUUUGCUCCAUCCCUCACUUCCUCAAAACCCAUAACCAAAACCCAAUUCACUCCGCCAAAACCAAACCCGUUUCGCCUAUCUCUGUUCCGUGCUCUAAAAUGCUCGCUUUCAGUGGUAUCAGAGCCGACCCAUUUGGAAUUCAGGAGUAAUAAGCCGUUCCCAGCUGAGGUUUCCAGGACCAUUAUGGAGCUGGCGUCUGUGGGAACCCUUUCUACUUUGACCGCAGAGAAUUGGCCAUUGGGUAUUGGCGUACGCUUCGCUGUCGACCAAGAAGGGACUCCAGUUUUGUGCUUGAAUGCUUCUAAUAGGCAGUUCUCUAUUGACAAACGGUCCAGUCUCCAUGUUCAGUUAGAGCAAUGUGCACCGAGGACGACUCAAUGCACAAUUCAAGGCAGCCUUGACAAACCAGAAGACAGGAUGGUCUUGAAGCGGCUGCAUUCCUUAUGGAAAAAGAGGUUUGGAGAAGAAGUCGAUGAAGACCUUAUAUAUGUUGUUGCUGUGGAACGGGUACUUCAGAUAGAAAACUUCGAGGAGGAUUGUGUAUGGGUCACUUCAUCAGAUUAUAAAAAUGCACAGCCUGACCCUCUUCGCGACUUUGCAGAAAAGCUAGUGAACGACAUAAACACAAAUAACAUGGAAGAUGUUAAUCGCUUUUGCAACAUAUAUGUUGAUUUGGACUUCCAGGUGUCAGAGGCAAAGGUGAUAUGGGUUGAUCGGUUAGGGUUUGACAUGCGUCUCUUCUCUCCUCAGAAAGGUGUAUUUGAGGUCCGGGUUCCUUUUCCAAGAGAAGUGACGGAUGAGAAGGGUGCCAAGUCAACAUUUAAUUGCAUGUCCCAACUGGCUUGGGAGGUGGAGAAAAAUUUUCAUGUCGAUUUUCCCAAGGUGAAACAAUUGAAGAAAAUUUCAUAGCUCUGAAAAAAAAAAAGGAGCUUCUUGGUUGAGCUUCUGAUUAUUUUCCUUGGAUUUUUGAGCCUCUUCCAAUUAUGUUAAGGGCUUCACCAUCAUCAGCAUGUAUCCUUGAUUUUUUUCUCUUUUUUUGUUUGUUUGUUUGUUUUGAUUUUUUGGAUUUUAUGUGAUAGCCACUGAUUCCAAUUC